AUGCUCUCUGGAGCUUAUACCCCCAGACUGGUUCAGCGCAGCCUUUGGCCACCUACGAAGUGGCAGCAGCAGCAGCAGCAGCAGCACCUGCAGCAGCACCUGCAGCAGCAGCAGCGCCUGCAGCAGCAGCAGCACCUGCUGCGGCAGCAGACUCGCCGACAGCCGCAGCACCUCUAUAGCUUCAUCUUGCGCCUGCCCCACCAUUCGACUGCCUUCAGCAGCAGCAGCAACAGCAGCAGCAGCAGCAGCAGCAUCGGCAGCUUCGCAAGGCAGCCAGCGAUUUGCUGCGCCCGAUCAGCAGCAGCAGCAGCAGCAGCAGCAGCAACACCAGCUCGCAACAGCGCUCGUGGCCCAAUGAAGCGGGAGGAGGUUUCCGUAUCUCCUGCUGCUGCAGACGAGCAGCAGCAGCAGCAGCAGCAGCAGCAGCAGCAGCAGCAGCAGGAGCUGUCGCCGCGGGAGCAGCAACUAAAGGCCGAAAGAGAGGCCCGCAAGAAAGCCAAGGAAGCAGAAAAGGCAGCAAAGGAAGCAGCAAAACUUGAAAAGAAAAAAGCCCAAGAGGAGGCGCAGGCGCUGCUGGUGCGGGUUUCCGCGGACUAUGAGGCAGACAGCUUCGGCUACUACCCCUUGAUUGACUCGCGCAGCAGCAGCAGCAGCAGCAGCAGCAGCAGCAGCAGCAGCAGCAGCAGCAAAUUGAAAAAGAGGGAGUGGACUUCUAUUAAGGAUGUCGACAGCAAAGAGGGGCAGUACAUCUGGGUCAGAGGCAGGCUGCAGGACUGCAGGUCCAAAGGUUCUGUGGUGUUUCUGACGCUGCGGGAGGGGCUGUGGACGGUGCAGUGCGUGCUGGGUGCGGAGCAGCCGAAGGCUUUGCUGCGGUUUGCUGCAGCAGCAGCAGCAGAGUCUCUGGUGGAUGUGUGGGGUCUUGUGAAAGCCCCGAAGUUUCCAAUUGCUGCUACUUCUGCUGCUCUCGAGCUGCAUGCAGAAAAGCUUUUUGUUGCAGGGCAGAUCCGCGUGCACCUGGAGACGCGGCUGGACCACCGGAGUCUGGACCUGCGGGUGCCUGGGACUCUGGCGGUGGCCCGCGCAGUGUCUGAGGUGUCUAGACACUUCAGAGACUUCCUGCUGCAGCAGCAAUUCCUCGAAGUCCACACUCCGAAGCUGCUGGCGGGAGCUUCCGAAGGCGGAGCUUCUUGCUUCCAGCUGCCUUACUUUUCGCGCCGAGCUUGUUUGGCGCAGAGUCCGCAGCUCUACAAGCAGAUGUGCAUAGCCGGAGACAUGCAGCGCGUCUUCGAGAUCGGUCCGGUGUUUCGGGCGGAGAACAGCAACACGCACCGGCACUUGUGCGAGUUCGUGGGACUUGACUUGGAAAUGGAAAUAAAAGAAAACUUCAUGGAAGCAGUUGACCUCAUAGACGAGCUCUUCAAGUACAUCUUCACAAAACUCGAGGCCGAGUCUCCCCAUGAGAACGCGGUGAUCCGGGAGCAGCACGCAGUGGAGAAGUUCGAGUUUUUGGCGGAGACGCCGCGGCUGACCUUCGCGGAAGGCGUGCAGCUGCUGCGGGAAGCUGGGAUCGGUUUGGAGACGAUCCCAGAAAACUUGGAGAACUUCGACCUCUCCACAGAACUCGAAAAAGCUCUUGGAAAACUUGUGAAGCAAAAAUAUAAAACUGAUUUCUUUUUUCUCCUCAAGUACCCCGCCAACGUCCGCCCCUUCUACUCCAUGCCUUGCCCCGAGGACCCGCGGUUCUCAAACACUUUUGACGUGUUCAUGCGCGGCGAAGAAGUGGCCUCGGGGGCCCAAAGAAUCCACGAGGGGCCCCUGCUGCGCAGCCGCCUGAAGGCCCUGGGGCUGCUGCAGCAGCAGCAGCAGCAGCAGCAGCAGCAGCAGGAGCAGCAGCAGCAGGAGCAGCAGCUGCGGUUUUACUUGGAGGCCCUCGAGUUGGGGGCCCCCCCCCACGCGGGCAUGGGCGCGGGGCUCGAGCGCAUCGUGAUGCUGUACUACGGUCUCGGCAACAUCCGCCGUGUCUCUCUUUUCCCUAGAGACCCCAAGAGACUGACUCCCUGA